UUGGCUCUCAUUCACGCGCUUCUCCUCAUUUCCCAGCCAGGUGCUUCGCGAGAUCCUCAGAGAAAAAAGCGCGCGAUCAGACUUCGCUUCCCGCGCUGGAUUUUGUGGCGCGCGUGGCUGUUCUUCUCUCAGCCCAACAGUAUCUUUUUGAAGACGAAAAAUCUUUCAACUUCACGACAAACACGGAAGAAUUACUGGAUUUUUAUUUAUUUUUUUUUUUCAUUCACUGAUGUCGUUUCCCUACUUAUCCAGCUCUCCAGAAGUGGCAUGAUCCUUGUCUGUGUGCAAAAUAAGGUGAAUACUAUUUUCUCUUGGUUGGCUGAAAAACUUUUUUUUAUCGUUAGGCUAUUUUAACAAGGAACUUUAAACGGACGCUGUGAAAAUGUCAAAACCGGUCGAUCAUAUCAAGAGACCCAUGAACGCGUUCAUGGUCUGGUCAAGAGGCCAGAGGAGAAAAAUGGCUCAAGAGAAUCCAAAAAUGCACAACUCAGAGAUAAGUAAAAGACUUGGCGCCGAGUGGAAACUGCUCUCUGAAUCCGAGAAGCGACCGUACAUCGACGAGGCCAAGAGGCUGAGGGCUCAACACAUGAAAGAACACCCAGACUACAAAUACAGACCCAGACGCAAACCCAAGAACCUCCUGAAGAAGGACAGGUACGUGUUUCCUCUGCCCUACCUGGGCGACACGGAUCACCUGAAAGGACUUCCGGUCUCUGAAUCUCUCUUAGGUUCCUCGGAAAAAGCCCGUGCGUUCCUGCCACCGACAUCUGCCCCUUACUCCUUUCUCGACCCGAGCCAGUUCAGUUCCAGCGCCAUCCAGAAGAUGACAGAGAUGCCGCACACGUUGGCCACCAGCACUUUACCUUACGCAUCAUCUCUGGGAUACCAGAACGGCGCUUUCGGGAGCCUGGGUUGCCCCAGCCAGCACACCCACACUCACCCAUCGCCCACAAACCCUGGGUAUGUGGUGCCCUGUAACUGCACCGCAUGGUCGGCAUCGAGUUUACAGCCGCCUGUUGCCUACAUACUGUUUCCAGGUAUGACCAAGAGUGGGAUUGACCCAUACUCAUCAGCACAUGCCGCUGCUAUGUGACUCUACCACUAAACAGUCUCCUCUUUGAAAACUUGAAUACAGCAAUGCAUGUACAUAAGAAGAGAAGGAAUGGUCGAGACAUUUAUACUGAGGCCGUGUGGACAUGAACUUUUCACCAUCUAGGAGAGGUUCCUUGGAUCCCAGCAUGGAUCUUGGAAUAGAUGUAAGACAGGUGCCCAGAACUGUAAGAAAUGUAAAUGUUUAAACGUUUAUUACUAUGGCUGCCAGAUUUGGAUGCCUUUAAUUUUAUUUAUUAUGUACAAUUUGAUGCUAUAAUAAUGGUAAUUUGGUUUUAACCGUUAAUAUUAUUGUUAUUAUCAUCAUCAUAUAUUAUUAUUAUUAUUAUUAUUAUUAUUAUUAUUAUUUGAAUGACUUUGAUUUGCACAGUUAACGGUUGGGAUUCAUGUGUCUUGUACAGCUUGUUGUAUUUACAAUUUUUUAUUUUAUUUUAUUUUUUAUUUUUUUGGCACACUGAAAUUCAAAUUAUAUGACUAUAGGGAUUUCAAAGUGAGAAAUUCAGCGUUUACUAGAUUAUAUACGGGUUAUAUUGUUUAUAUGAUCAAACCGGCACCUAAAAUUAGUCUAUUUAAAAUAUCAAAUGAAAAAAAAAAAUAUAUAUAUAUCUUUAAUUUUGGCAUUUAUUGUUUUAUUUUUUUUUUUAUUAUUAUUUAUUUCCCUGUGGUUCAGUGUCACUCGUUUAUUUGAUUGCAGAAAGAACUUAAAGUUUGAAACGAAGCAGUUCAUGUUGUAUUUUUAUCUGCGAUGGUAACUUAAAUCCUGUCAUGUUAAUGGAAAGGAAAAUGUAUCUAAAAGGGUGAUACCUCGAUUCUUUGUUCAUUUGCCGAGCAAAGACAUUUUGAAUAAAGACAUUUCGUCUUAAAAAAAAAAAAAAUAAAUAAAAAAAUACAUAAACCUU